AUGACUAUUCGUACGCAAUUGGAAGAUUUAUCAAAUGAAAUAUUUUUGGAUAUAUUCGAGUACUUAAAUGCAAAUGAUAUUUUUUUUGGAUUUACUUCACUUAACUUACGUAUCUCUUUACUUCUCAACUCUAUUCCUCUUCAUAUCAACAUUCAUCGAACUUGUUGUCGUCAUGAACUUGAAUUUUUGUGUAAUCAUUUGAAAUUUCAUUCUGAUCAAGUUGUUUCAUUACAAGUUCAUGAUCAAAUUUGUGAUCAAACAAGUGUUAUUGCAUAUCUUUUUCAUCGGCAUGAUUUUAUCAAUCUUCAUUCAUGCAUAUUUUAUUCAAUUAAUUCAUCAUCUAAAUUAAAAAUUGCUGUUGAAAAAUUAUCAAAAUUACCAAAGAUCGUUUUAUUUCGUAUAAUUCAAUCUUGUAAUGUUAAAGAAGAUAAACUUAAUACAUCUGAUGCAUUUGAAUUUAGUCAAUUGAUUUUGAUAGAUACGCCAUCAACACUUCGCUCAACUUCUCUUUAUUUUCAUUAUAAUCAUACUCAAAUUGCAACAAUAUCAAAAGUUACAACAAAUCUUACACAUUUGCAAAUAAUCUUUUAUGGCACAUUAAAUGAUAUAUCGAUUUAUUCUCUUAUUCCUUUGCUUCGUAUUCAUCGUGCAUUACGAACUCUUUGUGUGACAAUUAAAAGUACACAGGUGAUAGGGGCUUAUAAUACAAAUGUGCCUCAUCUUCCUUUUAUUAAUGAAAAUGAUCUUCCACUAUCAUCAUUAUUAAAAUCGUUCGAUUUACAAAUAGUUAUGGCUCCAUGCGAUAUUUAUUCAAUUGGUCUUAUUCUCCAUUGUAUGCCAAAUCUUUAUCAAUUUGUUUUUACACUUAUUCGUGAUCGAAGUCUUUCACCAUUUAUUAUGGAUUUGAUUGAUGGACAAAAUUGGCAAGAGAUGUUAACAAGUCAUGUACCUUAUUUAAAAAAAUUUGAUUUUCAUAUAUCUUUGUUAAAGUAUGGUCAACCAUUAGAUUUUGAUAAUAUUGUCAACUCAUUCAGAUGUCUUGUCAACUUAUAUCAUCAAUGGGAUAUGUGCAUUAGUCGAUGGGAGUAUUGGCCAAAUAUUCUGUUUGUUUUCAGUAAGUUAAAUAAAUAA